CCGGCGCGGCGGCCGGAAGCGCGCGCUGCAGCGGGGGCCCGCGGCGACGGCGGCGGCGCUGGUGCCGAGGAGGCCGGGACCGACGUGGCCGGCCGGGGGAGGCGGGGCCGAGGGGCCGCCGGGCGGGGCCGGCCCGCGCCGCGUCGAGCCGAGCCGGGCCGCGGCUGGAUGGCGGCGGCGGCGCGCGGGAAAUUUGGCUGAUUGUUGCUUAGUUUUACUGUAGCUUUGGGUCUGGUUGCACAACUGUGGAGGGGAGCACUGAUCUCAGUGAGGGAAGCCAGAUGGUCCUGAAGUGUCCCAGAGAUCGGCCAGCCCAGCUGAGACCACUUAGAGAUGACAAAGCAAAAGCUUCUGCUUGAUGGGACGCUCUCCUUGCUUCUGAUCGUGGCCUGUGAAGCUCGGCAGCUCCCAAAGGGUCAUGCUGCCACUAGUUCUGGUCCUCUGUGUGAGAGGGAGGCUGAGUCUUGGGGAAACCUUUUCAGUAAUGAGCGGCUGGAUGCCUGGAUCUGUUCCCUCAUUGGCUCGUUCAUGGUGGGGCUGAGCGGGGUCUUCCCCUUGCUGGUGAUUCCUUUUGAGACAGGAGCUGCUCUGCGCUCAGAAGCUGGAUCACAUCGUUUGAAGCAGUUGUUGAGCUUUGCAAUUGGUGGGCUACUGGGGAAUGUGUUUCUGCACCUGCUUCCUGAAGCUUGGGCCUACACAUGCAGUGCAACAGCAGGAGAAGGGCAGAGCUUUCAGCAGCAGAAACUUCUUGGUCUCUGGGUGAUCAUUGGUUUCCUGACCUUCCUGGCACUAGAGAAGAUCUUCGUAGAGAAAGAAGAGAAGGAUUGCCCAGGUGUGGGCUCUGAUUCUAAAGCACCAGAUAGGAAGAUUCCGAAUGGAAGUGGCUUCCCCCUUCAGAAGGUGGCAAGCAGACCCCAAAGAGCAGGAACGGUUUUAGCUCAGUGUAAUGGCUCCUCUCUCCAGUCUCGUCCAACAGACAACAGGAUCAAGAUUAGUGGAUACCUCAAUCUGCUGGCCAACACCAUUGAUAACUUUACACAUGGCCUAGCAGUAGCAGCCAGCUUCCUGGUUAGCAGAAAGGUUGGGCUCCUAACCACAAUGGCAAUUCUCCUGCAUGAAAUUCCACAUGAGGUAGGGGAUUUUGCAAUCCUACUUCGGGCUGGGUUUGACCGCUGGAGUGCAGCCAAGAUGCAGCUUUCCACAGCUUUAGGGGGGAUUCUAGGAGCCUGCUUUGCAAUAUGUGCUCAGUCACCAAAAGGAGCAGGGGAAACAGUAGCCUGGAUCCUCCCUUUCACUUCUGGAGGAUUUUUGUAUAUUGCCCUGGUAAAUGUUGUGCCUGAUCUCCUGGAGGAAAAGAAUCCUUGGAACUCCCUACAGCAAGUUCUACUCCUGUGUACAGGCAUUACAGUCAUGGUGCUACUCUCGCUCACAACAGAGUGACCUCUGCGCAGACCUCAUGACCCCUCCCAGAGCCACCACAGUGACUCUGAGCUGACAAAGCAAUAAGGAACACUAAUGUUACUUCCUAUGUGUGCACGUGUGGAUCUGGCUGCUAGUAUGAGAAGCAGGUGAAAAAGAGGUCUGGGUGUGCAGGACUUCAUUCCCUGGCUCUCCUAUCCCUGUUCUGCUAAAAUGCCACACAUCAGGGCUUUCUCUUUUAUGGAGCAAAAGACACAAUGAGCAGAAAUGAACUGAACGACUGCUCCAUGGAGAAUGGACGAUGUUUCAUUCAGUUCAUUGUGAUGGAACUGUACCUCCCAAGCUCUUGCAUGAAAACAAAAUACACUAUCCCUGUAGCUGGUGAAGAGGAAGGACUUGUCCUACCACUCAAAGAGCUGGAGACAGAACAGGGGGUGGCAAAACAAUAAAUUAACAGCUUUAACCAGAACUCCCUGCCCACCAGGAGUUAUGGUGCUAUGAAAACCUGCAUUGUAGAUAGUGGGGGGGAAAGGUCCCUUUCCAACUUGAUCUCUGGCUGUUCAAUGGGAUCACUUGUUUCUAAAGGUAGUAGUAGCCUUGGUAGUCCACCUUUUUGGCUUGCUUUGUAUUCAUUUAUGUUGAAAUCGAGCCAGAAACUUGAAGCACUUUGGGACAGUUCACAAUUAAAUGGCUCAGCUUGAAGAUUACUUGCCUCAGCCCUAACCACUCCAGUAACCAGCAUGGCGUAGCUGUUUAUCUGAAGAAAUGGUCAGCAAAUGUUUCUUCUAUUGCUAGACUAUCAGCUCACCUAUAUCUGGAAGAAAAGUCAUGGAGUUGCUGCUACUGGCCUCCCUUCCCACCUCCCUCUUCCCGUAAACAUUAGCUGAGUGUGGCUCUGAGCCUGCUCUCAAGACCUGACUCACCCACCAUCCUCCCCAAGCCAAGUUUCAGAGAUCUCUUGUGGUGGAGAGGUUGUCAUGUUAGCUCUGUUCAACAUGCUAGAGCAGCCCUAGGCUGAGGUUUGGGCAACGGCUGAACGCAAUACAGCCCGGUCAGCUGCAGGUAACCCAAGGCUGUCUCUUCCUCUGUUCAAUGUAGAGUAUUUAAGAACAUGCUAUAACCAAAAAUACAGAUAGUAGUCUACUUCUGGGCUUUUUACCUCACAGUGGAGUUAGUCUGUCAGGGAUGAAUGGGUAAGAAAUAAUACUGACAGUUGUUAAAGGAAAGGGCACAGCAGUGAAGAACACAGGAAGGGCAAAAUGGCAAGGGUGAAACUGCUGGUGAUAAGAUUAAAAAUGAGUCUAGAAAAGCGAAGUGUGCUAGGUAAGGAGGGAACAGGGUAUGGAAGGGUGGCAGUAAGUAUGCUUUAAGAGUUUUCUGUUGUGUGAUGCUUGGGAUUCAAUUUGUUGACAAUCUGAGACCAAUAAAAAUAAAUGAUGUUUCUCGUG